GUGCAGAUAUUUCGUUAGUCCCAUGUUUCAGUUUAACGACUAACUUUUAGCAAAAACUCCUUUAAGACUUGUUAAGAUACUUUUAGCAACUUCUUACGCAAAAUUAAUGGAAAUUGAAAGUGACGACCCUGCGGUCACUGCGAUACUUUUUUAUGCAGAUGAAAUGCGAGUCUUCCGUAGGGGCAGGAGGCUGGUUGUCCCAGGAUAUAAUGAAGCUUUUUCUUGGUUCAUGUAUGAUGAUGCUUCUUCUACCUAGCGUACAGUUUUCAAAAUGAAAAUAGGCUGGCCACUGACCACACCAACCUGUACAUCAUGAAAAUGCACUGUGCCAGCAUGUGGCUUCGUUACAAACCAAGAACUUUUUUUUACCACGCCCCC